UCAGCAGGGAGACGCUGGAGAGGCUUCAGGGGUAAAAACGGUCGCAUCAAUUAUAAUAAUAAAGCAUUAAUUAUAGCAGAAUUCAGAUAUUUUAUGCAACGUUGGACUUUUGUUUGACUUCCAGAGUCCCAUUCCAGUAUCAGGUAUUCUAAUUUAAUCUGAUGGAUUAUUUCACUGGGAAAUCCUGAUCAUGUUUGUUUUUAAGAGUCCAGGAUAUUUUACCCUCCCACCAUUUGUCCACAUAUGAGGGCAUUUUAUUCUCUUUAAUUUAGAUCUUUUUGUUAUUUAGAGACACGUCUUAAAGUUUAUUUGUCUUUUGUUUGUUUUCCUUCUUUUUUAAGAAAUUUGACAUAUUUAUUUAAAUGUAUUUUUAUUUAAUUUUUUUUCUCUCCCCAUUUAUGAGGGUCGACUAAUCUGUAAUAGCUAGAUAUGUUUUUGUCUUUAAAAUUACACCAAAUGCAAAUCUGGGUCUUAGGAGGUGUAAAUGUAACUUUUUUUAAAGAGCAAGUCACCCCCUACCAGAGUAUUACUUCACUCCCACUUCCUGUUUGACAAAUGCUGUUGCCUAACAGACCGAGAGGGCAGAGCCGCUAACAAAUACACGCAGGCUCACAACGACAUUGUGACAUCAUAUGGUACCAGCUAACGUUCUAGGGUACCUCUUAGCCAAUAGCGGUGGCAGAUUUAAAUUCAACUGCAGUGCAGAGUUUUUACCUGACAACGCCACAACACUGACAGUUUUAGGCAGAAAAUUUAAAUUUUAACUAAAAUGCACUUACGUGCAAAACUAUUGACUACACGUGUCUGCAGCACGAUUAGACACUCAUUUAUAUAGUUUAUCAGGAAAAAAAAAGGUUGAUUUGGGGGUGACUUGCUCUUAAAGGGUCAGACCAAGUUACUGUUUUCCUGUUAAAGAACAGCGCGUAUACAUGAUGUCACUUUUAGAGGUCUGGAUUUCUAUUUUUAAGAGACUUUUAUAGCUCAGGGGGAGGAUUUUAGUUUAUUGUUAAAUGUAGGUAGAAAUAUGGAAAAGGGAUUUUUUUUGUGUGGUUUAUAAUUAAUUUCACUAAACUGUAAUUUUGUCAGAAACCAGAUUUAAUUUUUUCUGAUUCACGAGAACUGAUUCAGCAGAUUAAUUAGAAUGAAAAACACAAACUUUGUUAUAAUCAUUUCCUUGCUUUACAGACUUCAUGUUACAUUUGUUCCUGAGGAGAUCCCUCAGCACCACAUCCCGUCUCCAUCCCAGGUUCUGUCCUGUCAAUCAUUAACAGGGAAACUUUAUUUACGUGCGUGCAGGAUGAGGAAGUGUUGGGCCGUUUGGAUGAAUUAAAAAGCUUCCUGUUCUACAUUUUGACUCUGUGCUGACAGCGAGCUGCGAACAGGACCUUCAGGGCUUGUUAUCCAGGUAACCUUGGUGACCAGAGGAGGAGGAGGAGGAGAGACGGUAAACACCAGGUCUAACUCGGAGGUCUGGGACUCCCCUGAGAUGACCUAUCUGGCUCACACCGCCCACUCCCAGUUUUGCGCCCUCUGGAUGGCCUUCACUGGCUGGACGCUCACCGCCAUGGCUCUGGGACUCAUCCAGUGGAGGGUGUGGCUGGUUUCUGGCACGGGGGUCAUCACCUCUGGUGUGGCCUGGGUGGGGAUCUGGAGAGCUUGCUUUAACAGCUACACAGAUGUAAGUGAGGGCUUGAGGAACAUGCACUGCAGCUACAUCAGCCUGCAGGAGGUCUUCACCCCGCCGGAGAUCGCAGCAGGUCAGGUUCUCAUGCUCCUGUCUCUGCUGGUGGGGCUCUGUGGGAGCGCUGGAGGGGUGUACGCCAUGAGGAAGGCCUACUUUGGAUUGGAGAACUCGAUCCGAUUGUGCUUCAUCAGCACCGGGGUGCUGUGCCUGCUGGCAGCUGUGCUAGCCCUUGUUCCUCUCCUCUGGAAUCUGAGCUCAGUUGUGACAAACCAGACCAUCGCGUUUCCACCCGAGUUCGAGUUUCCUCGGGCACCAGAGUCCCAGCAGGUGGGAGGAGGCAUCGGCGUGGGGAUUGUGGGCUCUGUCCUCAUGAUUGUGUCUGGGAUUGUGUUCUGUUCGUACAAACUGCCAGAGAGAACAAUACCCAUGAUGCUUCACUCUGUGCUGGAGCAGCUGCAUCAGAGCACUUCCUCAGCAUCAGGACCAAACGACCACAAGGCUGUGAUCCCCAGUGGCAAAGACAACCCAGCGUUUGACAUGGCUGAAUACUUCUGAUUUAUUCUGAGACCCCACAUGACUCAUCUUUAUUUUGAAUGACUUUUGUACAAAACUAAGAUCACAGGUUCAUGCAUUUUGUAUGUUUUUCUUUCCAAUUCAGCAGUAGAAAUAUUUUUAAGAACAAGCACACAAUAAAACACACACACGAGCAUUUUCCGUUAAAUAUUUUAUUCAAAUAAAAAAAUCACAUCUCCCAUCAUUUCAAACCAUCUGCAUCAAGGUUCCUCCACCCAAUCACAGCCCUCCCGGUUCAGGUGGAGACGAGUUCACCUGAGCUGCUCAUUAUUCAAACACCGACAAGUUUAAUCCAAAGGUUCUGAACUUUUUUAUUGCAUGCAUCUCUGGAAGGAAACAACUCAUUUAUUAAAGUGUAUGUCUAUAAUUUAAGCAGAUGUAACUCCACAUUGUUACAGAUGGUGGAGAAAACCCUCGUGUGGCAGUAGAGACGGCUGGUCUCAGGUCAGUUCAUGCUGUCAAACAUCGGAUCACAUCCUUAUCCAGCUUUACGAAGCAGUUCGGGUUGUUUUUAUCGGGUUCAGAUUUCAUCACAAGACAUGUACGCUUCCAAAGAAGCACCAAAAUCAUCGCUUAAAAACAUUUGAACUGCUGGACAGAAUCAGCAGAAAGUUUUCAUCUAUAUAUACUUUAUUCCAUUCAAACACAUUAAUGCUGAACACAAAAUAUACAAGACAAGCACGACUAAAAUAAAAAAGUCAUAAAAUAUCAGCAGAGAAGUUUUAGUUUGGAUGAGAUGUAGAAAACUGAUUUAAUCCACAGAAACCCAGAUUAUGGUCCAGUAAUCCCAGCCUGAGCAGAGACAGGGCUGUUGAACCACCCCAGUAAAAGUAGAAAAUGAAACUCAUUUUAAGAUUUACUGAAAAGCUUCCUGGGAUCCUUUUGGAUCACAGAAAAAGUGUUU